AUGGAUCAACGUGCCAAUUCUACACGAAUUACAGAAUUCUUCCUCCUUGGAUUUCCAGGACUCCUUCCAGAAUAUUAUGCAGCAGUUGGAACCCUUCUUCUCUUCAUUUAUCUCACACUUGCAGGGGGAAAUAUUUUCAUUAUUGCAUUUGUGUCUUAUGAAAAGAGCCUUCAAAAACCAUGCUACCUGAUCUUCUGCAAUCUUGCUGCGGUGGACUUUGCUUUUGGAACCACAACAAUGCCUAAAAUCAUUGCAAAAUAUUUGCUUAAAGAGGAAACCCUUGCAUUCCAUGCUUGCUUUGUACAAAUGUUUUUUGUCCAUUAUCUUGGGAUUGUCACGACUUUCACUUUGUUAUUAAUGACUGUUGAUCGAUUUAUUGCCAUAUGUAACCCCCUCAGAUACCCUGCACUUGUUACAAACCAUUCCACAGCAAUUGCAUGUCUAGUGACCUGGGUGCUUCCAAUCCCACUGCUGACAGCUAUAGUUAUACAAACCAUAGCUGAGCACUACUGUGACUCCAAUGUAAUUGCACAGUGUUUUUGUGAUCAUAAUUCCAUGAGUAAGCUAGCCUGUACUGAUGCUAAGAAUGCAAAGCUGCUUUUCUUUUGUGUGGCUAUGACAGUGCUGAUGGGUCCCCUCGCUUUCAUCAUAUUUUCCUACACAGCAAUCAUCAUAACUGUUUUAAAAAUAUCCAAUGUACAAACAAUAUACAAAACAUUCUCCACAUGUAGCCUUCAGCUUCUUACUAUAUGCAUUUACUAUGUUCCCCGGUGUACCUCUUAUAUUACUGACAUAAAGGUUCAAAUGAACAUUAGUGCUCGCAUUAUGAUAUGUAUGUGGUAUAGUCUGUUCCCUCCUCUUGUCAAUCCAGUGAUAUUCUGCUUUCAAACCAAGCUAAUACGAGAUAUUUUCAUGAUGAAAUUAAGAAAGAUUAGGACCAAUCAUCAACUGAAACCUUUAUACUAA